UUUUAUCGGACUGCCACUCCUCCGAUUUUUCAAUCAUAGUUGUGAGCAGGAUGUGUUUGGGUUGCCCACUGUUCUCCCUUUAGGAGAUGAGGGGAAAUGGAGCGAUUUUCGGAAGAGAAGCCCUCACAACUCUUUGCACAAAGGUCCAAAUUUCAGAACGAGUUUGAUACAUUCCUCACGCAAAACCUGGUUACAUUUAUACACCUGGUGCCGAUUGCCGAACAUGGCAAAGGAUUCCCUGACGGAUUUGAUGAAUUCAAGAAUUGCGAUUCAUUCAAACUUUUGAGAGAAGCUCGAGAAAAGCAAUCAGUGAAGUAUCUGAAUGUUGCGAUUUCCCCGGAACUAUGGCACCUCCAUCGAUCGACCCUUCCUUUCACCCCAAUGUCAUCACCUUUUCACAAACUGUAUGGCCACCUCUCCGAUCCCGUCCGGAUCUUCACCAUUUCCGGCGAGUUUUCCGGGCACGGAAUCCCAUUGAAGAAGGUUGAUAGUUGGGGUGUUGAGACUGAUUAUGAUGCCCAAUUCAACGACCCUGAUAUUCGUAACGGUAUUGUGACAUGUGCGGCGCUUUCCUUUGAUGGCCACCAUGUAGCUCUUGGUUUUGGUAGUGGUGUCAUCGAACUCGCUGAUAUCGACCAUCAGCACACAAUUUCCCGAUUCCAGCUCGACCCACCCAACCAUCCAGUCUGGAUCGAAUUUGUCCAUGGCAGCCACCGGGUUGCUGCAGAGGACAAUGAGGGGAACGUCACCAUCCUUAGCCACGAUAUGACCGCCGUGAAUCUUGGUACUCUCCCCAACAACCUUCUUCCUGCCGUAACUCGAGUAUCAGAUAAUGGAUUAUUUAUCAUACGGGUUCCGCGGAACGCUGAUAGCUCUUGGUACGACAGCCUGACUCUCAUAUCCAUUUUGGGUGACCCGCACCUGCAACACCUCGCACCCCCUUCUUCCAAUAAUUUCACUCCAACUCCCAACCCUCCUAUCUUAGCCUCCGAGCCUUCUACUUCAUCCUCUGCAUCCAUCAAAAAUGACCCAGUGCUCACCAUUCCGCACCGUCGCACACUUGGGUUUUCUCCAGGAGCACGUUAUAUCGGCGCGUUUGAUGGCCUCGGCGCUUUCACCUGGUCGACAGCAAGUAUACAUCAUUGCGAAGCACAUGCAGGGUAUAACUUGGACGAGUCCUGGAUCAAGUGCCCAUUCUAUGUUCUCUUGCAAAAGGAGGACGAGUGGGGGGAGUGGCAGAGGAUGUGGCAGAAGUUUGAAAUCCAUUCGUCCACUGCCGGAAGAACCCCGCUGUUCGGAACUGAUGGAGGACACACGGAGCUACCAAUGCUCUUCAACGGCAAAUUGGAAUUCAUUAUUCCCAAGGAAUAUCGACCAGUUGUUUCUUCUGAUGCUCAAGGUUUAGGUGCUUGGUAUGGCGAUCAAGUGCCAUCUGAUCCUACCCUUCUGUACAGCCCUCGGUCCAGCAAAGAUGGGACUCGGAUCCUCCUCCAAGGCUGGCAGACAGCUCCAAUCGUUGUUGAUCUUUGCCAAGUCAUUUAGUACGUUCACGGUCAGUUUCUGCUUACCUUGAGCAUUCUAUCCACUGUCAGAGGGGGAAUCGUAAAGUUUCGCUAGGUCACCCUUCC